GUCUUAUUUAUUCCACGACCGUCUAGACUAAGAAAUUGUUCCAAACAAACCCAUUUGAUUUCCUCCAAAACCCGUCAAGGAAACAAGUGUUUGGUAGAACAUAUAUUUCUGUUGAAGCAACCCGCAAUCACCUUCGUGCCUGUUCUGAUUCCUGACCGGUUCAUUCAUUGCAGUCCGUCCUCUUUCCCAUUUCGUGCACUUUCACGGGGUCUUGAGCAUGAGGGAGGUGAAGAGAUAACUGUCCUUAAGAAAGCUUUCUGGAUACAACUUUCAUUCCGGUACAGAAAGGUUAGUUAGUUAGUUGAAGGGGCCUCGGGGUCUAGUCGGGGCCAAAGGAUGUUGGAGAUGUGUUAUAGGCCUCUAGAGAAGUGUUUUGGAGGUGAAGACGAGGGGGAUGAUCUGAUGUGGCACAAGGGGCUGAAGCCGCACUCUUUCGGGGAUUUCUCCAUGGCGGUGGUUCAGGCGAACUCAGCACUGGAGGACCAAGGCCAGGUCUUGACCACCCCUUCUGCCACCUAUGUCGGAGUCUACGACGGCCAUGGCGGACCGGAGGCCUCCCGCUUCAUCACCCACUCUCUCUUCUCCUUCCUCCACAAAUUAACGUUAGAACAAGGGGGACUCUCUGCGGAUGUGAUAAGGAAGGCGUACAGAGCCACGGAGGAGGAGUUCCUCCACCUGGUGAGACAGUCAAUGCCUCACAAGCCACAGUUUGCUUCGGUCGGUUCAUGCUGCCUUGUUGGAGCAAUAUCGAAAGGGAUGCUGUACGUGGCGAACCUUGGUGACUCAAGGGCGGUUCUUGGUCGCCGGGUUUCUGAGAAUCACCCUCAUACGAAUGGUAGAGUGAUGGCAGAGAGGCUAUCAAACGAUCACAAUGUGUGCUUCGAGGAGGUUAGGAAGGAGGUCGAGGCACUCCAUCCCGAUGAUUCGCAGAUAGUUGUCUGCACCCGUGGGGUAUGGCGAAUUAAGGGCAUUAUUCAGGUUUCGCGAUCAAUAGGGGACUUCUAUCUAAAAAAGGCCGAGUUCCAUCAAGACCCUUUUCUGCAGCAGUUCGGUUCAUCUUUUCCUCUGAAAAGACCACUAAUGACAGCUGAACCUUCGAUACUGAUCCGUGAGCUAGAGCCGGAAGAUUUAUUCCUAAUAUUUGCGUCGGACGGUCUAUGGGAGCACCUAACUGAUGAAGCAGCCGUGGAAACUGUCCAAAAAAAUCCUCGAACUGGAAUUGCGAAGCGAUUGGUGAGAGCCGCCCUUCAGGAGGCUGCUAGGAAAAGAGAGAUGAGGUACGAAGACAUUAAAAGGAUCAAGAAGGGCACACGGCGGCAUUUCCAUGAUGAUAUUACCGUGAUCGUGAUGUUCCUUGACCAUUCCAACAAGGGUUCCCGAGCCAAACUACGGGGGCAUUUCGACUGCACGAAUGCUCCGGUUGACAUUUUCUCACUUAACGCACAAGGGGAAACUGUCUCGUCAAUCUAGCAGUUUUCCAACUUUAAUUUUUCACUUUUCUAGCUUGGAUUUGUUGCCAGCGCAAAAUUAAUUUUCCAACCGAUACUACGUGACAUGAAUCUAAUAGGACGGUACAUUCGAGGUCACUAGCGUAAAUAGAUAAAGUUCAGAGACUUGUUUGCAA